ACCAUGGUGGGCCAGCUGAGCGAGGGAGCCAUUGCGGUUAUAAUGCAACAGGGAGAUACAUCCAUAAAACCAGUUCUCCAAGUUAUUAAUAUCCGUCCCAUUACUACAGGGAACAGUCAACCCUGUUAUCGAUUGCGUAUGAGUGAUGGAUUGAACACUCUAUCUUCUUUCAUGUUGGCAACACAGUUGAACCCUCUUGUUGAGAACGAACAAUUGUCCAGCCACUGUAUUUGCCAGAUUAACCGAUUUAUUGUUAACACUCUGAAAGAUGGAAGGAGAGUAGUUAUUUUGAUGGAGCUAGAAGUUUUGAAAUCAGCUGAAGCAGUUGGAUUAAAGAUUGGCAAUCCAGUACCCUAUAAUGAAGGACAUGGGCAGCAGCAGGUUGUUCCUACUCCUGUGUCAGCAACCAGUCCACCAACCAGCAAGCUCCAGCAACAGAAUGGAAGUUCAGGAAUGGGUUCCACGGUAUCUAAAUUUUUUGGUGUCUCAAAGACAUUUGGAAAAGCUGGAAAUACUAACCUCGAGAACAGUCCCAGGGGAACACAGUCCAAAGUGGUACCCAUUGCCAGCCUUACCCCUUACCAGUCCAAGUGGACUAUUUGUGCUCGAGUUACCAAUAAAAGUCAGAUGCGUACCUGGAGCAACUCCCGAGAGGAAGGAAAGCUUUUCUCUUUAGAAUUGGUUGAUGAAAGUGGUGAAAUCAGAGUUACUGCUUUCAACGAGCAACUGGACAAGUUCUUUCGCCUUAUUGAAGUGAACAAGGUUUAUUAUUUCUCUAAAGGCACCCUAAAGAUUGCUAACAAGCAAUUCACAGCCGUUAAAAAUGGCUAUGAGAUGACCUUCAGUAAUGAGACAUCUGUCAUGCCCUGUGAAGAUGGUCAUCAUUUACCUACAGUUCACUUUGAUUUCACUGGGAUUGGUGACCUAGAGAACAAGUCUAAAGACUCACUUGUAGACAUAAUUGGAAUCAGCAAGAAUUAUGAAGAUGCCACUAUCACAGUGAAAUCUAAUAACAGAGAAGUUUCUAAGAGAAAUAUCUACUUGAUGGACAUGUCAGGGAAGGUGGUGACUGCUACUCUGUGGGGAGAAGAUGCUGAUAGAUUUGAUGGUUCUAGACAGCCUGUGAUAGCUAUCAAAGGAGCCAGAGUUUCUGAUUUUGGUGGACGGAGCCUCUCUGUACUGUCUUCAAGCACUGUCAUUGUGAAUCCUGACAUUCCAGAGGCCUAUAAGCUUCGUGGAUGGUUUGACUCAGAAGGACAAGCCUUAGAUGGUGUUUCCAUCUCUGAUCUAAAGAGUGGAGGAGUAGGAGGGUGCAACACCAACUGGAAAACCCUAUAUGAGGUUAAAUCAGAGAAUCUGGAUCAAGGUGACAAGGCAGACUAUUUCAGCUGUGUGGCAACAGUGGUGUAUCUCCUCAAGAAUUGUAUGUACCAGGCCUGCCCAACUCAGGACUGCAACAAGAAAGUGAUUGAUCAGCAGAAUGGAUUAUACCGCUGUGAGAAGUGUGACAGUGAAUUUCCCAAUUUCAAGUACUGCUUGAACCUAUCAGUAAAUAUUGCAGAUUUUCAAGAGAAUCAGUGGGUGACUUCUUUCCAGGAGUCUGCAGAGGCUAUCCUCGGACAAAGUGCUGCUUAUCUGGGGGAAUUAAAAGAGAAGAAUGAGCAGGCAUUUGAGGAAGUUUCCCAGAAUGCCAACUUUUGAUCUUUCACGUUCAGGAUCAGGGUCAAACUAGAAACCUACAAUGAGUCUCGAAUUAAGGCCUCUGUGGUGGAUGUGAAACCCGUGGACUACAGAGAAUAUGGCAGAAGGCUGAUCACGGCCAUCAGGAGAAAUGCCGUGCAGUAAUGUGAGAAAAGCAGUGCUGAUUGGGCGGAAGUUUGAAAAUAAAGAGCUGAAAUGCAAAUGAUUCUCGUCCUGCAUCCCCGCCCCCUGCCCUCCAUGUAACGUGUCCACAUUAGCUGCACAAUGCAUCGAGGCUCUUUAUGGUGAACUAAGCAGUGUCCUCUAUGUGCAUCUUGGAACCCACUGGGAG